CCAAAAUAGAUAAAAGAAUACAGGCUGAUGAUGUUCAUAGCACCACUGUAACAGGUCACAACACGUUAGCUUCAGGCGGUAUAACCAGAGCCAUCGUUUGGGAAGGUAUAUUGACACUUAGUUAGAGUACAAUCGAUAUUUAAAUCAGCAUGACAGGCACUGCACCACUGAAGGUGGGGAUCAUAGGUUUAGGAGACAUGGGCAUUUUGUAUGCCAAGCUAUUUGCAGGCACAGGCUUAACGGUCGUUGCCUGCGAUAGAGAAGAAAGAUAUGCAGAGUUGAAGGCUGAUUUGACUGAGGUGGAAAACCUUGAAGUUGUCAAAGAUGGUUUCGGCGUGGCUCGUUUGGCUGAUUUGCUGAUAUUCUCCGUGGAGACAAGGGUGGUGGAUGCCGUGGUCAAGCAGUAUGGCCCAGCCGUGAAGUAUGGAUGUAUCGUUGCUGGUCAAACGUCUGUCAAGGGACCGGAGAUUGACGCGUUCGACAAGUACUUACCGUCGGAUGUGAAUGUCGUCACGUGCCACUCACUGCAUGGUCCUGGAGUAUCCCCCGUUGGUCAAACAAUGGUUGUGAUGCGACACCGUGCUUCGGAUGAGGCUUUCGACACCGCUGUGUCUACCUACAAAAUGCUGGGCUCAAAAUUAGUCUUCAUGUCUUGCGAGGAGCACGACAAAGUCACAGCGGAUACACAGGUAGCUACUCAUCUGGGAUUCCUUGCCAUGGGUACGGCCUGGAUGCACAUGGGCCUAUUCCCUUGGGAACAUGCGGCCUUUCUAGGGGGCGUGGACAACGUCAAGAUUCUUAUGGCGCUGCGGAUUUAUAGCAUGAAAUCACACGUGUAUUCUGGAUUGGCGCUAUUAAACAAACAUGCAAAACGUCAGGCACUGCAGUAUUCAAAAUCUGUGACAGCGCUGUUGCAGUAUAUGAUAACAGAGAAUGAGGAAGCCUUCGCCAAACGGAUACACGAGGCCGGUGAUGCAGUAUUCCAUAAUCUGUCAGCAUCAACUCAUGAAAUUCGCAGAGAGAGCGAUCUAUUGCUUUCGGAUGAGGUUCUUGGAGAGUACGGAUUGGGCGUGAUCCCGGCGGAUCAGCGCACUCCAAAUUCACACCUCAGCAUCAUAGCUAUGGUGGACUGUUGGCAUCAGUUAGGGGUGAAUCCAUAUAAUAAUCUUGCCUGUCAGACUCCAGUAUUCCGCCUACGUCUGGGCAUCGCUCAGUAUCUAUUCAAAGACAGAGCGUUGUUAGACGAGUCGAUUAGAUGCGCUGUGUAUGCUAAGGAGAUCCGAGCCGAUGACAUGGAGUUCCAUGCCGCCGUGAGAGAGUGGGUUACCAUCAUAUGCAAAGGGGAUGAAAGCGCGUACGAGCAGCAAUUCAACGAGACUAGAAGCUUCUUCGAAGAUAAACUGGUUGAAGGCAGAGAGGCAAGCAGUCGACUGAUCAGCAAAUUGAUCACCGCACCACAGCCCAAAAGGUGAUAAGUUAUUUUCAGCAGAGAUAUUGAGACGUUGAAACUUCAUGAGCGAUGUUGAGGUAGAAGGCAGAUGUUGAAGAAUCUAUUUGAUGGCACUUCAAAUAAGUGUGGUACAUAAUGGCAAAUGGACAACCGAUAUGUCAAAUCAGCAACUAGUACCGUUUCAGAACCUUGUAUUAACUUGCUAGCAUACUGUCGGUAGGUAUAGCCGAGUCACAAUCAUAGUUUGUUGACGAGAUGUUGGCAGGAUUUUAUAGUGAGAAUACAUCAGAAAAGUAUUCACGCUAUUAGGAUUUUAAACGCCUGGUUGGUCGCAUUUGGGAUGCGUGCGUCUCGUACCUUUUUAGCAGCUGAACGACUAAUAAAACCGCUUAAGUAGUA